CUUUCUAUUCAAAAAUUGACAUUUUUAACGACUCCACAAUUGCUACACCGUAAGCCAUUCCCUCUCUCUCUCUUGGGGCAUAUACAGGCAACAUAGGGGACAUGGCGAUUGCAGCGGAGAAUCAGCCACAGCAACACAAGGGUUCGUCUGAGGGCGCAGUGGUGGAUAACAAGAGAUGGACUGUCAAUGAUUUUGACAUUGGAAAACCUCUUGGAAGAGGAAAAUUUGGUCAUGUAUAUUUAGCUAGAGAGAAAAGGAGCAAUCAUAUUGUUGCACUAAAAGUGCUAUUCAAGAGUCAGCUGAAACAGUCCCAAGUUGAGCACCAGCUUCGUCGUGAGGUUGAAAUACAAAGCCACCUUCGACAUCCAAAUAUCCUGAGACUUUAUGGUUACUUUUAUGAUCAGAAACGGGUUUAUUUGAUUUUGGAAUAUGCUGCCAAGGGUGAACUCUACAAGGAGCUGCAGAAAUGCAAAUACUUCAGUGAAAGGCAUGCUGCAACUUAUGUUGCAUCACUGGCACGAGCCCUCAUAUACUGUCACGGGAAGCAUGUAAUACAUAGAGAUAUUAAGCCAGAGAACCUUUUGGUUGGUGCACAGGGUGAACUUAAAAUUGCAGACUUUGGUUGGUCAGUACACACCUUUGAUCGUAGACGAACUAUGUGUGGCACUCUAGACUAUUUGCCACCUGAGAUGGUGGAAAGUGUGGAGCAUGAUGCAAACGUGGACAUUUGGAGCCUUGGUAUCCUUUGCUAUGAAUUUCUAUAUGGGGUGCCUCCAUUUGAAGCGAAGGAACACUCAGACACAUAUAGAAGGAUUGUGCAAGUGGAUCUAAAGUUUCCUUCCAGACCUAUAGUCUCAUCAGCUGCAAAGGAUCUUAUUAGUCAGAUGCUAGUCAAGGAUUCUUCCCAACGUCUGGCCCUGAAGAAGUUACUCGAGCAUCCUUGGAUUGUGCAGAAUGCAGAUCCUUCUGGUAUUUAUAGGGGUUGAAUACAUCCUCUCACAAGUACCAAUCUUGGAGCUUACUAUGAUUCUUUGUAUUUUUUAAGAAGCUUUUUAAUUUUAUCAGGUAGGAUAAAACAUUGCCAUGUAAAAUAAUCAAGUUGUAUGGAUGUCACCUGAAAAUGAGAAGAAUUACUUUACGAGCUUGUAAUGUAGCCAGAAGUUUUUUGUUUUUUA